AUGAGUCGCAAAAGGAAAGACCGAGAGCCUGAGAGAACCAACAGACUUUCCCUGGCUGAACUGGCUGCACACGAUGAUGUCUGUUCAGAUGCUCUCGUAGACAAUGCCUUCUACAAGUCGCGCAUACGUAAGAAUCGGACAAAACACAUUCCAAUCCGAGGUAUCAAAGAAGACGAGGUUCCACAAAUCCUGCUCAAAAAGGUCAUUGUCGAGAAGGACCUUGCCGGGGCUGAAAAGGCUCUUCUCGCUCUUCCUGGGCUUAAGAGGUACAAGAAGAGUCUACGUUCCAAAACCGAACAAGAGCAUUUCCAGUCUCAUAUUCGGAAGUAUAUUAGCAUGUACAGCACCGACUGUGCCUGGGAAGUCUCCACAACGAAUCGCUAUACUAUCAACACCUACGAGGCCGCUGUUACUGCUCGACGACGUAUUAAGCAAGGUGACAAGGUCAAGUACCUGAUUGGUACUCUUGUUCCUCUAACCACCGAAGAGUCAGCUGAUCUCGAUAUGACCAAUCGCAAUUUCAGUAUUGUCGUUUCCAGUCGCAAGAAAAACUCUUCCAUUUUCCUGGGUCCCGCUCGCUUUGCAAAUCAUGAUUGCGAUGCAAAUGGUCGUUUGGUUACAACAGGUCCUGACGGUAUGGAGGUUGUGGCUAUGAAGAAUAUCGAAGUUGGCGACGAGAUCACUGUUUCCUAUGGUGACGAUUACUUUGGACCCAACAAUAUCGAUUGCCUGUGCCACACCUGCGAAAUCCUAGAACGAAACGGCUGGACCUCUAAGGCAGCUUUACUCGAUAGCAGAAGCCAGGAUUCAACUCCUGCUCCUUCUAGGAUGGCCAGUGUCCCAUCCCGUGGUCUUAAACGAAAAUUCGAGUCAGAUUUUUCCUCAUUUACCUCUUCCUCCACCCCGCCUGCCAAAGUCGUCAAGACCACACAGUCACCUUCAAAAUUACAACAGUCUUGGACACCACCCACUGCCCCUGAGUCUGAGCGCCCAGAAGACAGUUCCACUAGCGAAGUCUCAGAGCCAACAGGAGCAGUACCAAUUUCGAUCCCCGAACAAGGACCUGUGCUCUCCCCGCCGCGUAGCCCGCCCCAAUCAAUCGAGCGCGAUGUCCAAGUGACCAAGGCUGCAACUGCUCCUGCCACAAUUUCUGAUAUCGUUCCUCCAUCUCAAUCCACCGAGCAGGGCUCAGAGAGUAGUGUCAAAUCAAAGAGCGGAGAUCGGGAAAGCAAAAUGACUGCCAGACUGUUGGGCAAGGUGUCGUCUCGAGCACCACUUUCUCCCGCGCCAACCUCUCCUUCCAGCCAUGGCUCUGCCGUCGAAACUGCUGCAACAACCCACUUACCUGUGGAGGUUAGCACCAUCGAUCCUCCUGUGACGAUCAAAAUCGAAACGACCGAGGUUACGAAGGUGGAGGCUGACGAGGACACUGAGGACACUAUCGUCGUCUCUGCGACUCGUCAAGAUUCCACCCCAUUGAGCGAGGUCCCUUCCGAUCUCGUGGGAUCGGAUGAAUCUCCAGAUGCUGCUGGAGAAAUAGCAGAACCAACUGUUCAACCAUUUGUUCCCCAUGUGAUCUCCACACUCACCACUACUACCAUCACGAAGGAUGUUCAUAACCCAGAUGUGUCGGUCCGAGCCUCAGAACCUCAUGUACUACCUUCGAUAGAACAAGCUAGCACGUCUGUUACUAGAGCCAAACUAACCGUUCAUCCAGUUACUGGCACCAUUCGCAUUGCGGGUGAUUACAUAUUGACACGAAAGCUCCUGGCACAGCCUCACGACCGUUGGGUUCAGUGCCACAACACUAAAUGCUAUGGAUUUUUCAUCCAGCCCAACGGUUAUCAAACUCGAAAGGAGUGUCCUCGUUGUGAACGUCACAGUAUGCUUUACGGUUUUCCAUGGCCAAAGACGGACCCCGAUCCACGAAAGCUCCUCGAACGAAAAAGUCAAGGCAAGAAACGUGAUAAUGGUUCAGUUGAAUAUAGUGCAUAUCGACGCAAGGGCCGCUGUGGUAAAGGUACGUGGGUCGAGGGGGGUGGUGACGAGGAGGAGCGUGUGAUGGAUCACCGUACAAUCCAUCGCUUUGUCCUCCCAGAGGAAGAGAGAGAACUUACCAGAAAUGGCCUCUUGAAAGAGGCAGAGUUGGCUCGCGAAGCAGGCGACGUGGCGCUCGCAAUGUUGGAAGCCAAAUUUCGCGCCGGAUCAAGAGGCUUUGGUACUGAAAGUGCAGCUAGGGAUGGAAGUGAGAGCGGGCCUGGCUCUGCCACCCCCGAUGAGGCUAGGAGAAGAAGCAAUCGUUUUGUCACACGCCCUGUUGGUGUUUAUACAGACAAAUAUUAG